AACAAAUUUAUAUACUAAUAAUUGUGACGUGCCCCCCGGUAAGGAUGGCGCAAAAUUAAUAAAGAGAAAUAUAAAUGAUGGGAAUUAUACGAAUGAUGAUUUUUAUAAAGAUAAUAUAUUUAAUAAAAAGGGUAACAUGAAUAAUAUGAAUAAUAUGAAUAAUAUGAACAAUAUGAAUAAUAUGAAUAAUAUGAAUAAUAUGAAUAAUAUGAAUAAUAUGAAUAAUAUGAACAAUAUGAAUAAUAUGAAUAAUAUGAACAAUAUAAAUAAUACACAUAAUAUUCACAAUAUACACAAUAUUCACAAUAUGAACAUCCCAAAGGAUAAAGAAAUAUCGCUAAGUAAUAACAUUUCUAUGCUCCUAGAUCGUAUAAGUGAUAAUUCAGAUAUAAAGAAAAAUCAAUUCGACAAUGAACAACAUAAUUAUAAUGAUCAUUAUAAUAACAACACAGCUUAUGAGAACUCAUGUAAUUAUGUUAAUACAAUAAAUUAUAAUGACAAUUUAAAUAUGGAUACAAAUAGUUUUGUUAUUUCAGAUAAUUAUAUAUGCCAAUUUGGUUUGUCCUCAUUAUAUAAAUGUAAAUUAAAGAAUGAAAAUAAUUCUUUCCUUAUAAACGUAAUCGAUUCAUUUUACUUAAAUCAUAUUAAUGGAAAUGAUAUUGUAGCAAAUAAUAUUUUAUUUCAUAAAAGGUUGAGACAUAUUAAUAUAUUAUCAUAUAAAGGAAAAACAGCAGAUAAAAGUAAAUUAUAUUUAUUAUUUCAAAAUAUUCAUGGAAGUAUUUUAAAAACAUAUUCAACCCCCUUAGAGGAAACAGUCAUAGCUUGUUAUGCAUAUCAAAUUAUUGAUUUGUUGGAAUACAUGCACACCAAUUUCAUAAUAUUCCAGGGCCUCCUUUCUAAUAUCAUUUUACUACAAAAAAAUACAAAAGAAGAACUAGUACAAAUUCUAAACCAGCAAAACAAAAACGUCAAUAAAUAUUUUCAUAUAUAUAAACACGGAAUUAUAAAAGUGUUUAAUUUUGAUUUCGCAAAUAUGGACGCAAAUGAAAAGGAUUAUGAAUUGGACUUUCUGUGUUUAGCAGUGUUAAUAUAUGAAAUGUGUACUAAAUACAAUUCUUAUUAUUCUAACAAAUUU